GUUUCUCUUCUCCAGAAUAUUUUGCAUACUUUCCUGUUUGAGCUCCAGGGCUCGGCUGACUGAACUUUAGGCUUCAGAAUGCUGUGUUUAUCUCGCAGAUAUAGCUGUAUAUAUAUGGCUGUGCUGCUCUAAGUCGUUUUACUCUAUGCUUCUCCGUAAAUGCCUUCAUAUUUCCACUGUUUGGUGCGUGGAAAAUGAUCGAUCAGCUCUACCAACCUUACCCAGCUGCUGCGCUCUGUUCAUAACAGGAUCAUUACAGAGAGAGGGGGGAACAUGCCAGUUAAAGACCCUCUUAUCGAGACGCUGAAAGUGUGUAUUUUGCAGCUCCAGGCUGAGGGCAGUGUGACAGACUCCAGCCCUCAUUUGGCCUCUUGCUGUGAGCUGCUGGAGCUCAUUCUGCGUAAGGGACUGCAGCAGCCAGUCCUGAGCUUGACGCACAGAGACUAUUGGUAUUGCUUUGAGCAGCUGCUGCAACAUGACACAUGUGGCAGGCUGAGUGCAGUCUCUUUAGCCGCGCAGCAAAUCACGGCUUGCCCCAAGCUCCUGACCGCUCAGGGCCGUGGUCGCUUCUUCAUACGGCUAAUGCUGACCAAGAGAACUUUGGAAAAUGCAGUCAAGCAUCUGUUACACACAGCCAGAGUCAUGGAGUGGUAUAGUCCUGAAACUUCUGUAUUGAGGAAUGAGAAAUUUGUAGAGCCUUUUCUCUCUCUGUGUCUGGUUCUCUCUGAAAUGGAGUUCAAGCUCAACAUAGAGAACUGCAGCUUCCUAGAUGAGAGCUGGCUGCUUCCAGUAUGUGAAACCUAUGAGGCCGUGCCGUGUCGCGAGUUGGGGAUGGUUCUCAGGUACCUGGAUGGGCGUGUGUUUGUGUUGGAACUGCUUCAAGGUGGCAUGGCUCAGGUGGAUAUGUUUGCAGAGCCUGGUGACAUCAUUGAUGAAAUUAAUGGGAUAUCGCUGAGGAAUUCCAGCAAUGGCCAGGCAGGUGUGGUGCUGUCCAGACUGAAGGGUCAGCCUCUGUCUCUCCGGCUGCUGCGUUGGAGAUGCGAGGAUGGGGCCAUGUAUCGUCCGUUGGUGCCGUUGUUACGGCAGCUGAAACAGGAAAACCCUUCUCUCCAGUUCAGCUCAGCUCCACAGCCCAGUCCUGCAGCGCAGCGGCAGAGCCAGAGCCAGUGUGUGAAAGAGGGCAGGAUCCUGUAUGCUCUGCAGCUCUUAGGGAAAACAAACAUAGGGAUGUAUGGAGGGAAGGAGGUGUUGCAGCACGCCAUCCCUGCCGUGCUGCGAAUGAGGCAGAAUAGUAAGGAGGUGCUGUUGGACGUGAAGGAGACUCACCUGACCUGCACUGAUAAAUCCAAUAAACAGCAGCUCUUCCAGCACCACUUUCCUGAGAUCUCAUGUGUUGGGAGGUUUGGCCAGCCAGACUUCACCGUCUUUGCUUUUUGCGUAGUAGACGCUCCAAAAACAGGCCAGCCAAAAGGAUUCUGCUGUGUGGUUCUGCAGGCAACGUCCAGCACCGAAUGUGAGGAGAUCGUCCAUCGUAUAGCUGCUGGCUUUAAAAACACAGAGUGGUUUGUUUGAGAACUGUGACAAUGUUGGAAAAUUUGCAUGUUUUCUUGCAGGACUAUUACUUUUUGUUUACUUUUUUAUUAACACUAGCCUACAUGCGUCUUUAGCAUUUCUUGAAAGCGUAUUGCAAUGUAAGAUGUAACUUUUGUAUGAGAAAUUCUAUGAUAAAGUAUUGUAAUCUCAGUUUGUUACUCGGUCAUCAGAUUGUUUUAGAAAAAAAUAAUAAUAAAAGGCCUAACUAUUUCUGA